UUUAAGCAGUUUUAAGCAAAGAGUUUUAGGAUUGUUUUUAUAUAGGUAUUAUAAAAAAGAAUAUUGAUGUUUAAAUAAAUUAUUUAUAAAAGUUCCUCAAAAUGAUUGUUAAUCUCCUCCUUCUAUUUCUCGCACUGUCUACAAAUGCAAAUGAUGAAGGCUACUGCGAUUUGAAAACGAAAACUUGUGAUAAUGAUUUCUUUAAAGAAAAGUUCAUUUUGUACGAUGUUAAUCCACCGGAAGGGUUUAAUUUAAGACGAGAUGUGUACAUGAGGUUUGCAAUAAUGUUUGCGGAGGCUAAAAAGAAUAAAAACGAAUGGAAAUUAGUUUUGCCACCAUGGUAUAAAUUGUACCAUUGGAAGUCAGAAAGAAAGAAUUAUCCUAUUUAUUGGAGUAAAUUUUUCAAUGUAGAUUCUCUAAAAAGUUUCGCGCCAGUAGUUGAACUACACGAUAUAUUUACCAAAACGGAAACAAAUAUUUUAAACAUAGAUCAUCUGUAUGUGCUACAAAAUUUCCCAGAUCCAUUUGAAAACGGUGAGUUCAAAGAUAAAUGGGAGAUCGGUGGCGAUUGUGAUUACGAUGGCGAAUUUUGGGGUUACAGUAACAUUACGGUUACAGAAAUUGUAUGUGUUAAAUUUCAAGGUAGAAUAUCAAAUCUAUGGGAUUUAGUCGCCAUGCAUCCAUCUGAUAAAUUUAUUAUGUUCGCUCAUGGUGAAAUACCCUUGCACGAUUAUUACGGUUCUAAAACCUUCUGGGAUUGUCGGAAAAGCAUGAAGUUUAACAAAGAUCUAAUUAAAACUGCUAAACAAUUUAUAGCUGACCAUUUAAAUUGUAAAGAAGAAAAAUGUGCUUCAUAUAUCAGCGUACAUUGGAGACGACAGGAUUUUGCUCGAUUACGGAGAAAUGACGUACCAUCUGUACAAGGGACUGUUAAACAAAUCGAUGGUUUUAUCAAAAAACACAGUCCUAACACAAAAAAUGUAUUCGUCGCGUCGGACGGACAGAAUUCCGAAUUGACACAACUUGAAAGUCAACUCACAAGCAUAGGAUAUAAAGUACAUUUCUUUAUACCAACUCCGUCGCAGUUGAAUGACUUUAAAGAUGGCGGCAUAGCUAUCAUAGAUCAAAUUAUUUGUUCUCAUGCCGCAUACUUUAUUGGUACAUAUGAAAGUACAUUUACUUUUAGGAUUCAGGAAGAGAGAGAGAUUUUAGGCUUUGAUAGUUCAACCACGUUCAACAGGCUAUGUCCAGAUAGUGGUAAAUGUGAGAAACCUUCAAAAUGGAGGGUAGUUAGCUAGUUUAUAAGUUUUGUUAAAAUUUAAUCUAAUUGAUUAAUAUAUAAUGAAUAUAUUAAAUAUACACACAUGGCUGUGUGGUAAAUGCCUAAGGUAAUUUAAUACCUGUUUUAAGUUUUUUUUUUAUACAACUAGGUCGAUAAACAAGUGUGUGGUUCAACUGAUAAUAAGCGGUUAACGUAGCUUAUACAUGCCUGCAACACCAGAAGUGCCUUGCCGAGCCCAUCCUCUGGUCAUCUUACUAAAUAAAUAUCUUUUUAAAUAAAUAAAUGUUCAACUACAAUGUAAAACUGGGUGCACCCUAGUGCUAUAAAUAUAUUUUUCUCUAAUAAAUGUAAUGUAUAAAUAAUAUAGAAAAUAUAUAGUGUUGUAGUUUAUUACCAAGUCUUCCCUGUAAGUUGUUACAGACACAUAUAAUUUGUAUAACUUGCUACUUCAGUUACGAAUGGCUAAGGCUAUAAGUAUCCUUAUACAUGUAAAUAUACUUUACGUUCAGAUACUGGCGGUAAUCGGACCAUCAAUACCCUGAAAAGAAAGCAUGGUCAAGGGUUGAUAACAUUCCUAUAAGAUAGGCAGAUAAUUAUAAUAACAAAUAAAUAGUGAAUAUAGAAA